AGAUAGGGUGGCUGAAUGAGAUGAUGGAUGUGGAGGGGAGGAAAGAAGGACAUCUGAAUGACUUGAUGUAAGGAAAAUAUGGAGAGGGGGAGGAGGCGAUUGAACCCACAGUCGGUCCUCACUAUAGUCAGCUAUAAUCAUCUCAAACUUACUCACCAAGCAACUGUCACGAAGUGCUUUUAAAGCAUCUUGUCAUUGAACUUUCUUCAUUAAAAAUCAACCCCAGCGUGUGGCGAGGCUGGUGCAGAGCACCGGAGCUGUCCAUGGUGCUGAACAUGCAUGCACGUUAGAUGGGAACCAGACAGUAAAAAGAAAACAGUAUCAUAUAAGAACACUGGUGAAACAGUGUCAACACAGUCUGCUCUCUGUGUCUGAAGAGACAAUCACGUCUGCACAGUUAUGGAGAACGAUACAAAAUAAAAAAAACAAAUAAAUAAAUAAAAAUCACGCCCCAGUGACUGAAUCUCCAACUCAGGAGUAGUUUGGCGUCUUCAUCGCAGCGACAUGGGAUGCGCUCUGCUCAAUUACCGUGGUGACCUUCAGAUGGGCGCGGUUGCUCUUAUCGUGCGAUCUCCACCAGUUGGCAUUAUACACCACAAUUAAAAAUGCGUGUUCAAAGCGACCUGUCACCGCGGCUGUUCUCCGUGCUGCUUGGCACCCUGUAGUGGAGAAGGGUGACAUCUGUGACUCCUCGCCAGGGGAGCCCGGCAGACGCACCUUCACUGUAGUUAUUCUUCCAGCUCCGCUUUCAACGCUCGUCGAAUAAUUACAGCGGCAACAACUCCGGCCAGGGGAGUUUUUUUUUUUUCUUUUCUUUCCUCUCCUUCUUGUUUCCCUUUCCUGCAAGCGCGGUAAUCAAUCCAACACAUUUCUUAGAUGGAAGAGGUUCACCGAGCGCCCUGACCUCCUCCUUUCAUCUCUAUGGAUUUUAGUACUCCAGGAUGCUGCCUGCGGCAAUAACGGCAACAGACAGGAGAUCAAGCUAAGACAUCUGACAGCCAGUGACUUAUGAGGAGUGUCACUCCUCUGUGCACAUCACAUCUGACCGACAGUUGACCCUUUCAUCAACGCGCAACACUUGUGAAGAAGCUCACUUGUUGACACACCUCAUCAGCCAGGCAGAGGUGGCAGCAGUUCGAAGACGAAAUAACUGAAUGGGGGCUAAUCGUCGCCUGAAGCCGCUCAUGCGAAAGUAGCAUAAUGCUGCCACUGUUUCCCACUGUUUCUCCACUGCGCCAUUCAAAGCUGCAGGUAAUUUAGAAAAUCCUCAGCCAAACCGUCAUCGCUGUGACGAAGCAGCAGCUGUAAAGACAGAAAAAAAAGAGGUUCCACGGCAAACAUACAGAACAAGAUCAACGAUGCUUUGGCCCAUUUUGUUCGCUCUGCAAGCUGUGUGCAGCGGCGUGGCACACGCCAUGCAACAUUACCCCGCGGCCUGGGGACACUAUGACGUGUGCAAGUCCCAGAUCUAUACCGAGGAGGGCCUGGCGUGGGACUACAUGGCCUGUCAGCCAGAAGCCACCGACAUGACAAAGUACCUGCGAGUGGCCCUCGACCCCCCAAAUAUCACAUGUGGAGACCCGCCAGAAACGUACUGCGCUUUGGAGAAUCCUUAUAUGUGCAACAACGAAUGUGAUGCCAACACUGAGGAGCUGGCUCAUCCUCCAGAGCUGAUGUUUGACUUCGAAGGUCGCAACCCCACAACCUUUUGGCAGUCCACCUCAUGGAAGAAAUACCCGAAGCCCCUCCAGGUGAACAUCACGUUGUCAUGGAACAAAACCAUCGAGCUGACCGACGACAUCAUUCUGACUUUUGAGUCAGGCCGACCGGAGCAGAUGGUCCUGGAAAAAUCACUCGACUACGGCCGGACCUGGACCCCGUACCAGUUCUACGCCACCGACUGCCUGGACGCCUUCACCAUGGAACCCAAGACAGUCAUGGACCUCACCCAGCGCACGCUGCUGGAUAUCAUCUGCACCGAGGACUACUCCCGAGGCUACGUGUGGAAGAACGACAAGACGGUGCGCUUUGAGAUAAAGGACCGCUUUGCCCUGUUUGCCGGGCCUCGACUACACAACAUGGCCUCGCUGUACGGCCAGCUGGAUACCACCAAGAACCUGAGGGACUUCUUCACCAUCACCGAUCUGAGGAUUAAGCUGCUGAAGCCAGCCACUGGAGCCACCAUGGUGGAUGAAAAUAACCUGUCCAGAUACUUCUACGCCAUCUCUGAUAUCAAGGUGCAGGGCAGGUGCAAGUGCAACCUGCAUGCCAACAGCUGUGUGUUUGACAAGGGGAAGCUGGGCUGUGAGUGUGAACACAACACCACAGGGUCAGACUGCAGCCGCUGUAAGAAGCACUACCACGGAAGAGCCUGGAGUGUCGGCUCCUACCUGCCCAUUCCCAAAGGAACAGCAAAUAUAUGUAUUCCCAGUAAUCAUGGACCAGUGCAUCGAGCAAAUGCUUCAUCUCUUGGUGUUGCAAAUCGUAACCAAGCUCGGGUGUGUGACAACGCUAUGCUGCGCUGUCAGAACGGCGGCACGUGCCACCACCAUCAGAGGUGCCACUGUACCCCCGGAUUCACGGGCGUCCUGUGCGAGAGAGCUCGCUGCCAGGGCCCCGGGGAGUGCGAUGACCAAUUGUCCGGACGGGCCUCCUUCAAUCAUCCCUCCGUCGGCCGCCAGCUCACUCUCGCCCUCGCAGCGCUCCCUCUAUUGAUUGUUUCCCUCUGCUGAGAGACCCGGACGGCCUCCCAUCCUCAACCAAAACCCCAAGACCACACACGUUGGGACUGAACUCUCAACCUUAAGGACAUGAAGGACAAAGGUUGUCUGGACAAUGUGCUAAGAAAUACAAUAUAAGCAACUCUUUUUGUAUCUCCGAGAACACAGUGGUGGAGUGUUACGAGUGCAACAGUUCAGGCGCACUGAUCUGUUACACUGAAUAUGGAUUAAUGAAAGGCUUGGUGAAGUCACUGCUGUCUUUGUUUCACAGAGGGGAAAACAGUCGGAAGCCCUCGCUGUGUGAUUGUGUGUCGUUGGCUGAUACUUGAUUAAAGGCGGGCCGGAGACUCGGAGAGAGAGCUACCCACAUUCUGAGAGCAAAACUGUACAAAAACUAGACACAUGAUUUCUAAGUAUCAUCUGAAGUUAUUAAAAAAAAUGAAUAAUGUGGACGGGGGACAUCUUAAAACAUCUUGCCUCACUGCCUCCUUCCUUACUUGUUACCUUCUACUUCUCCCCCCUUUCCUCCCCCCUCACUUUCUCCUCCCUGUGCUUUGGUGACUCUGGUGAUUUUACUUUGCUGAAGGGUGUCUGUUGUUUUUUGCCAAAUGCUGCACAUGUAUUAUUAUCAGGCCCCUCGACGAGUACCGAUCUAGUACUUCUUCGUUUAUUCUUUUUUCAGAGGCUUUGUAGUCAUGCUUGAGCUCACCUGUAUGGGAACAAAAAAAAAGUUUAAAAAAAAAAAAAAGAAAAGUUGUAACAUACUGUAACUGUAUUUAAUUUUUGUAUAAAACAGAUAUUUUCAUGACUACGCAAAAACAAAAAAGAUGUAUUACUUGUUUUCUAUUGCUGCCAAGCUGUCCUAGAUGUGGACUCUGAGUGCGUACGGAGUUUGGUUGUAUUAUUUCUUUGCUUGUGUGGCACAUGGUUCUCUCCAUCUGAGAGCUGCUGUCGAAACUAUGUUUACAUACACACGUACACAAUACACUUCCACCAAAGGGAAAAAACAUGUCUUUGUCUUGUUGUUGAGCAGUUUUUUUUUUUGUUGUUUUUUGUUUUGUAUCAACUCGUAAUAUGACAUUUUGAGACGAGGUGUGUAGAGUGUAUAGGUGUGUCGUUUUGUAGAUAGGCGCCAGCCAACGACAAUAGCUGAAUGUUAUUUUAGAGGAUUUAUGAAAAGCUAUCAAUGCCAAUCCUUGACCUAUUCACUGAAGCGACAGUCGCUGGUAACGUAAUAUCAGUCUGCAAAUCCCUUCCUUCUUCUAUGACCGAGGUUGUUUUUGUAUUUUUUUUUUCUCAUGUGCUGUAACCCAUCCUUGCAGCGCUCGUGAAACAUGGGAGAAUCAGAAGAAUCUCGAGCCAAAAUCCUAUCAGAUUUAUGUAAAUUUUAACAAGAAGACUUGGGGAAAAGGGAGAUUGCAUGGCUGUCGCAGAGGUUGUCCAGCUCAAAAUCUUUAAUCAGGUCUAAUCCUUGAAUCAAAUGGAAAGAGGGGAAGGUUUUCUGAGCUGGUAGGUUGAAAGCCUGCAUCCUGCUGCGGGAGCGACACGUUCUGCGAAAUGAGCUGUAAUUCACGGAGGGUCAAUGAAUAGAAAUGAAGUUGCAUCCCACUGGGUGACAUAUUGAGCACUGAGACCAAUUUCAUUUGAGAGAUUAAUUUUCCUCCCGAGGUUCGCGUGAAACACCUAAUUGUGUUAGAGUCUACUGUAAGUGCCUCUCAUUAAAUGACACUGUCGCUGAAAAGAGUGGCGAUUGCAGUUUUUUGAUGGAGAAAGCCACUUUUGGAACUACUAAGACGAGGGGUUUGAAACACCCUGUAAAUAAUGGGAGAGGUGUGCUGGAGAUGGUGAUUGUCAAUUAAUCUCAAUUAGAAAAUAAAUCAGUAAUACAAGUAACAGCUGGCCAUGUGCGAAACACCGGGAUUGACCUAUCAUUUGUCAACAACCUUAAAGGUGCAGCAGGCGUGUCAAGCCUGGAUCUCUGAUUUAUCAAAAGCAGUUACGUAAAAGAGUAUUCAUUAACCAUUCCAAACCAAAAAUAAAAGAGGGCAUGGAUUAAACACUGUGUUUCUCUGCUUUAAGGUAAGCUGUGAUUGUUAGCGUGUUCAGCAAGCCAGCAUUACACCGUCACUUUGAAUAGGAUACGAGAAAAUACAAUCUGUUGAUUUCCAGUGGGCCCAUAAGAGCAAAGGCUACUGCGCAUCUGUCCCGUUCACUUCAGGAUUCGAGUACGUUUCCAUUGAGUCUAGCUAAACGUGUUGUCAAAGAUAAUGUUACAGUUUGCUCCCACUGGUUAGUCCUUACCCUUAAAGCCUUUUCUUCUGUAACAUUUAAAGAGAAAAUACAU